GCAUAGUAGCAGAACACGUCCUCCUUGCUGGCCGUGAGGAGGUUCACAUCAGAGGCGUUGAAGGCACCCAUGAUGACAGUGAUGAGGAGGAGGAGGAGGGGGGGAGAGUAAAGAAGGGAGUGGACUGUGCAUGACGAGGAAGAAAGGAUUGUUGAUGAUGGAGAGUCGCAGCACACCCGUUCAUCUGGAGGCAACUCGCUCGCUUCAAAGAACCCCCCUCAGAAUCAAUUCCCUCCCGACUGGAUGACCAUUCACUGCCUGCCUGGCCUUAGCUGGGGGCUCUUGUUGGAGGGUAGGGCUGAGAGUGGUAGGUAGAUGGCCGAGCUGGAUGCCAGCAUCAUCUCCUUGCGACUCCCCACGGCGCCCUAUAGGGCUGAUGGGCCGAGUGGCCUCACCGGACAGGGAGGGCUUGGCUGGUGGUGCUGCCAGCCAUCCCCUAGAUAGGUCCUCCUCUCGAAUCCACUUGCCUCCACUUGCCUCCACUCUCAUCCUCGUCCAGCAUUCUUCUGCUCCGUCGCCCUCCCGCUCACUGGCGGCCACGCCUGUCGGCUGGACCCGACUGCAACGGUGCAUGGCCCGGAUGCAAGCCAGAGGUACUCGACUCGAUAGGGGGUCCGGGGGAGAGGGAAAGACUGCGUUCUCGGGCAACAUGGGUCGCCGUUCGGUCGCGCAGAUGGCCUGCAGGAGAAGCGCUCGGGGAACACCGGCGAGUGAAGUUCGGGGUCUUCGGCCAGGUCUGGUCUGGAUAUAUCUGUGGGAGAUGUCCCCGCAGGUCUUUCGUUUGGAGUGCGUCCGUCGUCUUCAGUUCGGUUUUUAGAAGUGUCGGGGACAACCUUAUGGCAGGGGAGCGCG